UUUGAAUGAAAACAAAUCUCCCCUGCCCUUUUCCUACUUUGCUACGCUUCGUGGCUUUCGCUACCUUCUAACGCCGUUUGCUCUAUCUUUCUCGGCUUUUUUCUUGCUUCUUUCUCUGCCUUCUAGUCCUAAUUCUGCGGGGGUCUCGGAACGAAAUCACAUUGGACUGUGUACACUCCGCGAGCCACAAUGAGGUUCUUUACGAGAUUGCACGUGUGCGCGGCCGCCUCAGUUGUGCUCAUACUGUAUUUCGCCUGGCUGCGGCCCUCGAUACCCAUUCAAAGCAGCAUACAGAGCGUAUGGAGAGGCAGCGCGCAUCGUGUGGUCGUCUUUGGAGACGAUUGGUCGGAUAUUGGGCGAUACAGAGUCUCUCCACCACCUAAAUCCACCACCCGAGACAGGGACCCGGAUCGGGGAGAGCUUUGGGUUGAGGCGCUAUGCAAAGAGCUGAACUGCGACUUCAUUGACAAUUUCGCCCGCUCGAUCCCGUCAAAUGUGGAGAUGAUGACCGUCGGUUCCAUGGUAGACUCAGACAUCUUCGCCAAUGCCACCUCAGAGAGAAGAAACGAGACGCUCGUCCUGUUCGACUUUCAGACGCAAGUGCAACAGUUUCUCGAAUUUGAGAAGCGUAAGAGGCAGAUACCUGAACGUCUCCGCAGAAUAGACGAGUGGACGGUGUUCACCGUUUUCUUUGGCAUCUGGGAUCUUCUGGAGUAUUCCGCGUUGGAGAAGGAGGCAGCCAUUCAUGCAAUCGACCGCAGCAUCGAUGAGUUGCUCCAUAACCUUGAUAUUCUCGCCGAUCAGGUUGGAGGCCCGAUCAAGGUUGUGAUUCCCAAGCUUGUGGAUGUGACAUUUCUCCCACGUUUUGCCAGCAGGAAGAACGAGUCGACCACCAUGUUCGCCGCCGAGCAGCACCAAUCAGUGUUUUUGUGGACUUAUUGGAAUACGGCCCUGUCUCAAGCCUCCGUUGGAUGGGGAAAGGGCGACCUGUUUAUACCUGAUUUGAACGGCAUCGUGAUGAACCAGGUUCGGGCGAAACAACUUUACUCCAAGCAGAUUUCGGACGCGACCGGCUUUGGCAAACAGAAACCACUCUUCGAUGAAGUCGAACGGCCUUGUCUGGCAUCAAAGACGGAGAGCAACGCAAGCUAUCUGCAAGCAGCCGACAUCGAGAAGUGCUUCGAUCCAGCUGGUCACCUAUUCUGGGACGAGAUGCAUCUUAGCGGGCCUGCUCACCAGCUAAUCGGAAAAGAGGCCGCUCGUCUAGUCCGGGCGAACAAUACUAUCAAUACCGACGCUCGGGAGCGAGCAAUGCAGGGCUCCGCCACGGAUCCGAAAAGCCAACGAAAAGAUGGAGCAGGUUUCGACUUGAAAUUUCCUCCUGGAUAUUAAUAGCCUGUGUUGAACACACCUUUAACACUUGGCCAUUCUUUGGCCUGCUCAACGGCCGUCCCGGGCUUCGCCUCACAAAAGAAGUGUGGCAUGCUAGUUGAAUAGUGGAAUUGUGCUCCCCGAGAGCUUCGAUAUCUUGCUUUCGAACCAUUGUGGACUGUCGUGGCAUUGU